AUGGCUACCAUUGAUCUGGAUGGACCGGCCCUUGCGCCGCCAGAGGGUGAGGUUUCGAAUUUGAACGAUCCUCCUAAUCAGAAUGGUCUGGCGUAUACUGUCCUGAUUAUCUGUGCAGUUAUUACUACGAUAUGCUUCCUUCUGAGAGCUUAUGGACGGGUUUAUUUGCUGAAGAAGUUUCAGACUGAAGAGAUUCUCACGACCUUGGCAUAUGGUAACUACUGGGGUGCAGCCUACGCAACUUUCAAGCUGGUGGAUACUCCUGGAUAUUUCGUGCAUCAAUGGAAUGUCCGCCUCAAGGAUGUAAUUCCCACGAACUAUACAAAUGAAACAACUAACAUAUACCAGUGGGUUCUCAUCUUUGGAGUCUGCUACUCCUUCGUUCUUCCAUUUCUCAAAAUCGCUAUCCUCGUCGAAUGGUGUCGACUCUUCGUGCCGAAAGGCACGCGAACAAAGAGCAUCUUCUGGUGGGGUUGCAUGGUCAUUGGCUUCGUCCAGGCUACAUCCAACACCGCCAUUGUCGUUGCUCUCAAUAUGCAGUGUAACCCUCAUGAAGCUAUCUGGGACUUUAGAAUUCCUGGUGCCAAGUGCUGGGACUUGCAUAAGCUUCAAGUCGCAUCUGCUACAAUCCACUUGUGCUGCGAUAUUGCCAUUUUUUUACUGCCCCAGCAGGUUAUCUGGAAGUUGAAGAUGUCUUGGAAGAAGAGGAUGGGUGUGUCUGUUAUCUUUGGACUUGGUCUACUAGCCUGUGUAUCCGCUGCCUUCAGAUUGGCCGUCACAGUCAAGUAUGGCAAAGCCGCCGACGCUCUUUACGCCCUCGCUCCUCUGGUCUUCUGGGCCACCGCCGAAAUGACAUGUGGCUUCUUCAUCGUCUGCGUCCCCUGUAUCCCCAAGAUUCUCAAAGAAACCGGUGUUAUCCGCAACAUCAAGCGCGCAUUCGGCAUGAGCACCGCCCCGACCAACCCCAACACUGGGGAUCGAUAUGGCAAAAGUGGGACAAAGGGUUCGCAGCUUUCCUCUACAGGUCCCAAGCCUUACUACAAGCUAGAUGAGGAUGGCGUACCAUUGGGAACACUGAAGGGAUCCGAGUCGACGGAGUAUUUGCGGGACAAUACCAACAAUGGGCAGGGUAUUACUCGGACGACACAGAUCAAGAUCACGCAAGACAAUCGCUCGACAAGCGAUUCGGAGGGCCAUGCUGCGUUUCCGGCGUCUCAAAAGCCCUGGGGCGUAUAA